AUGGGAGCCAAAGGUAGCGUAGAGGCUGCGAAGAUGAACGCCGAUGGCUGGGGCCACUUCGAGCGUGGCAGCCGUCACUACAGCCACCGACACAAUCAGCGGUCCCAGUCGUUGAACCGAGGCCAAGCUCUUUCACGGGCCGAUGUCAGUGGGAUGUGGUGA